GUAGGCUGCACCUACAGCUUUUGGAGAGACGUUUCCAUGUCAAGCUCAAAGUUAGUUCAUAUGGCUGUUGCCUUAUUGACUGCAGUGGUCAUAGUUUCAUCUCAGGCAGCAGAGGCAGCUUCUCAGCGUGCUUUCUUUGUGUUCGGUGAUUCUCUCGUCGACAGUGGCAAUAACAACUACCUAGCCACCACUGCUCGUGCUGAUUAUCCGCCUUUCGGUAUUGAUUUCCCCUUCACUCACCAGCCAACCGGUCGCUUCUCCAAUGGCUUGAACUUCCCUGAUAUUAUCAGUGAGUCAAUGCGGUUGGAGCCAACGUUGCCUUACUUGAAUCCUGAGCUCAAUGGCCAGAAACUACUGAAUGGCGCCAACUUUGCUUCUGCCGGAAUUGGAAUCCUCAAUGACACUGGAAUUCAAUUUGUCAACAUACUAAAGAUCUCUAGGCAACUCGAAUUAUUCCACGAGUACCAGCAAAGAGUUGGUGAAAUGAUCGGAGCAGCCCAAGCACAGCAGCUAGUGAAGAAUGCACUAGUCCUUAUAACACUAGGAGGAAAUGAUUUCAUCAACAACUAUUUCUUGCCUACAAUUUCAUUGAGAAGGCAACAAUAUUCGCUCCCUGAUUAUUGCCGUUAUCUGGUCUCAGAGUAUCAGAAAAUUCUCAUGAAGCUGCAUGAUUUGGGAGCCAGAAGGGUGCUGGUGACAGGGAUUGGACCACUGGGUUGUGUUCCAGCUGAGCUAGCCUACUCUUUGAGCAAGAACGGGGAAUGUGUAGCAGAGCCACAAAGAGCUACUGCGAUGUUCAACAAUGAGCUGUUUCAAAUGCUACUUGGACUCAACAAGGAAAUAGGCUCUGAUACUUUUAUUGCUGCAAAUGCUUUUGAUAUGAACAUGGACAUUAUCAUCAAGCCUCAGGAAUUUGGAUUUGUUACAUCAAAGGUAGCCUGUUGCGGACAAGGGCUAUACAAUGGGAUAGGAACUUGCACUGUAUUUUCUAGCUUGUGCUCAAACAGGAAUGAGUAUGUGUUCUGGGAUUCUUUCCAUCCAACAGAAAGGGCUAAUAGGAUCAUUGUGCAGCAGCUUAUGACUGCAUCCACCAAGUACAUGAACCCCAUGAAUCUCAGCACCAUUAUGGCCUUAGAUGCCAACCUCUAAACCUUUCAUUAAUUAUCUCUUUGUACAUAUAUAUCUAUAUCUUUCCUUUCGUUGAGUUGCCUUGAAAACUCCCU